CGAGAUCUGGAUUCAAAGGCUUGCAUUACAAUUGGAGAUCGAAAUUUUGUGGUGGAAGCUGAUGAUUUGGUACCUAUCAAUGAACUGGGCCGAGGAGCAUAUGGAGUGGUGGAAAAGGUGCGGCAUACCCCCAGUGGAACCAUAAUGGCUGUGAAGAGAAUUCGAGCAACUGUGAACAGCCAGGAACAAAAGCGAUUGCUAAUGGACCUUGAUAUCUCAAUGAGAACUGUUGACUGUUUUUAUACAGUCACAUUUUAUGGAGCAUUGUUUCGUGAGGGUGAUGUGUGGAUAUGUAUGGAACUACUGGACACAUCGCUGGACAAAUUUUACAAAAAAGUGAUCGAGAAAGGAAAAACAUUUCCUGAGGAUAUUUUGGGAAAAAUAGCUGUGUCUAUUGUAAAAGCAUUAGAACACUUGCAUAGCAAACUUUCUGUGAUUCACAGAGAUGUAAAACCUUCAAAUGUUCUCAUCAAUAAAGAAGGGCACGUGAAAAUGUGUGACUUUGGGAUUAGUGGAUAUCUGGUGGACUCUGUGGCUAAGACGAUGGAUGCAGGCUGCAAACCGUACAUGGCUCCCGAGAGGAUUAACCCAGAUCUGAAUCAAAAAGGAUAUAAUGUGAAGUCUGAUGUCUGGAGUUUAGGAAUCACAAUGAUUGAAUUAGCAAUCCUACGGUUUCCCUAUGAAUCCUGGGGUACACCAUUCCAGCAGCUGAAGCAGGUUGUGGAAGAACCUUCUCCCCAGCUACCCGCAGAUCACUUCUCCAAGGAGUUUGUAGAUUUCACAGCGCAGUGUUUAAAGAAGAACCCCAAAGAUCGUAUGAGCUAUAUAGACCUUAUGGAACACCCGUUCUUCAAAACACAUGAUGCUAAUGAAACAGAUGUGGCUUCCUUUGUAAAGGAGGUUUUAGGAGAUGAUCCCAUCUGAAGUCUGAGUGAAUAGUAAAUGCAAUGUUGAUUCCUUUUUUGUUCCUGCAUCAUCCAAUGGGAUUUCCAUUUAAGAGUGAACCUAGUUACCUAAGGCGAGGCAGUUGAGUUUAUGGCUGUUUGUGCAGGUUGGUCUGUGCUUGACGGAAAUCUGUCUGCUAUAUCUAGGAGAUUCUGAGAGGUUUAUGCUUGCACCCUAGUGAUCAUUACCAAAGCUGCUACUCCCUGUAAGAUCCAAAAUCAAUGUGUGCAGAUUAAAAGCAAAUCCAAGCCCAGUCCCUCUGGGUGUGUGGGAGCAGAAGAGUCCGGUGUAAGUCAGGCCUGGAGAUAGCAGAGUCUGGAACAGUAGCAAAAGACUAUGCUCUUUGCUUUUUUAAAUUCAAUUCAAGCCCAAGCAGCCAUAAACUCUUGAUUCUACUCCUGGCCAGAUUAAUGUUGGCCAUUGUAUAUAUUUAAGUGAGAGUCCUGCUUCUAAAAAGCAGAACAAGGAAAAUAGACCUUUGACAAUCAUACAUUCACUUGAUGGUAUUUAUCUUUUGUUUGUUGCAUGGGUUUUCAUUCUGUGUGUCACUGGGGUUUAAACAUGUAGCACUUCAGAAACCAGCAAGGAUCUCAAUGAAGACCAAUUACUGUGAAAACUAGCAGAAUUAAGGCAACCAUCUGUGAAAAGAUGCCCAAUUUAAUGGAAGUCCUAACUAGUAAGUGAGGAAAGAUCUUCCCAGACAUUUGUUGCAUGGUUGUCAGCCUCUAAUGUCUCCAAAAAAAAUUAUACUUGGAUGUUUGUAUCCAUACCACGGAAUUAAUUGGGAUAACAGUCAGGAUAUCUAAAAAAACAUAUUUAUUUCUGAUACGGCAGAAAGGUUUCCACAAAAUAAUUUGGAGCAGCAAGCAGUGUUGGGCUACAAGACCGAAUGAUGAGUGCUUGUUCCUGCUGCCCAAUACAGGAGUUCACACAUAUUUCUGAAUAUGGGGAAAGGAAGCUGCUGUGCAGGGGCUAAAGUGUUUCUGCAUUACGGGUAAUAGAAGGACGUGUUUGACUUUGUACAUUCCAACACACUGUAGAUCUCAAUAUCAGUACAGACUUGGCAUGCUGUUUGCCAAAAUAUUGGGUGUUGGAGAGUGGUGGGUGUAUGGAAACACAGCUUUAGGAGCAGGUGCAACAACAAAUGAACAGAGGAAACUAAAUGAAGCUUGAAUAAUUUGCAUAAAUAUAACCUACAAUAUUUACUUAAAAAAAUAGAAAAAUGGGAACAAACUGGAUUUUGUCCACCUUUUUAGGAUUCAAAUUUUAUGAUAUCCCAAUUUUCUAAAAAGCAAUUCAGAGGUGAUUAGGAUAAAACCAUUACUUCAUUGUUAUUGCACCGUUUUAUUGUGCAAAACUGAGUUGCAUCUGCUCGUUUUAUAUGCUUCAUGUAUUUGGUAGUGGUACAGAGCUUAGAUAGUCCUUUGCACUUUCAGACUUAUGCUGAGAAGCCUCUGACUGGAUGUAUUCUGCAAGGGGCUGAGAUUGCUCUGCUGCUUUUGAAAAAGAGCACUGUCUUUACAAAAGAGUACUACACACAACCUGAAAAUAUUUGCAACACCCGCCUCAACUGCAGAAGAAAAAUUCCAUAUUUAUGAAUCCCAUUUGUAUAGGGCUGUAAAGAUAUCCAAGCAGAUGUCCAUACAUGAACCUUUUAUUCCGAGAAAAUUCUAGCAUAGUUACACAAUCUACAUUGGAUUAUACCUGACAAUCUCAUCUCAUUAAUAUAUACAAUAGUAGACUUGCGUUAUUUCGUAAUACAGCAUGGUCUCCCUUGGUUCCUCAGUUAAUUAGUGCUGAACUGGAACAGGUGGGUUGAAGGAUCCCAGGUUCGUUAUCUAGAAUGUGCAGUUAGCUAAUCUUGGCCAAGGAUGGUGGAAAGAUUGCUAUUUAUGAUUCCUUGUAAGUAUCAAGUUCAUAAACAUUUUCAUUAAUUACUUACUGAUAAGUUACAGAAUGAGCUUUAAGGUAGCUCAAUGUGUUUAUCUUUAUGGUAGUUGAAGAACCAAGACUACCUGUCCAAUAGCCUUUUAAUGCUGAGUUAAUGGCAGUAGAGGGACUGUAAUCUUCUAUGACAUCUCUGCAUUUAGAGUUUGGACAUCAGCCAGGGUUCAUCCAACAACUUUCCUGUGAAGUUUAGUGGCAGGAUGACUGCAGUCAAGUAACCUGCCAACAGUAGGGUUUACACAAGAGCAAUAACCAAUUGUAUUAGCUAUACCUCAAGCCUGUUGGAUCCCCAUAAGAAACAGGAAGUGGUUCUGAAAAUGGAUUCUAUCCAAAUUUGGGUGUAAUCCCAAAGCACCCAUACAUGGACAACGAGGCACACAUUUAGGCUGUGGAUACUUGGUUAUCAUUGGUGAGCUGUGGUCAGUUAUAACUAUUGGGGGAAUGAGGUUGCUGGUGGGAAGGAAGAUCUGGUUCUGAUGCCAGUUUUAAUGAGUUUAGUUUAAGUGUUGGGGUGUGGUGAAAUGCAGUUGGAUUAGGGUGUAACAAGGGGUCUGGGGAGCCUGCAGAUUUAUGCAGGAGGAAUAUUCCUUGAAACCUGGUCAUCUCCCAAGCACCUGAAGAAAUAGACCAUAGUAUACAAGGCACAUUCUGCACAACUUCGUUUAGUAAAGGACAGCUUGAAGCACUAGUUGAGGGCCUGACUUGCAAAUGCAAAGGAACUACUGUCUUCGGGCAAGCUCCCUGGACUUGGAUUUAAGAGUCAUAACCAAUGUGGUAGCUGGCACAGAACACGUGCAAAUGCUGCCUACUAAUUUGAGACCUCAGCCAUUUUACAAUUUUAAAACAGACAUAGCACAAUCCAAUUCUUAGACCCCUAUAUUUAGGGCAUUGCGAAAUAAAAGCAAUUAUUGCAAUCUUUUUAAAUAAAGUUUAAUUCCCAGUGAUGUUAUUUUGUACUUAAAAUUUUGCCAAAGAAAAAUAUUUUUAAAAUUCUGCAUGGGUAUGGAGUAUACAUUUUAUGAAUAGUUGUAUCCAGAUUCUAAUGUGAAUGUUGCUCAGCUGUUUAUUAUAGGCUUGUGUCACACUGAAAUGUACAGACUGGGCAACCUGCUCAUUGUAACUGUCAUCAAUUAACUUCAUCAAGCUUUAGUUUCCAUUGGUUUUAAAGAUGAUCAAUUCUGGGAAUUGUGUGGAACAUUAAUAAUAUAGCUUUACAUUUCAAAACAUACUUGAAGCUUCAUCAUUAUAUUUUGUACACUAUAAACUAUUAAGGUAUUUAAUAUGGCAAUAUUCAGCUGUAUAUAGUUUAUAGAUACUGAAAGAAUUUACCUUUUAUGAAAUUGUAGAGGAAUAAUUUUAAAUGAUUUCUACUCCGAAAUGGAGUAAAUGUACUUGCAAAAGAACUUUGAGAAUUUUUAAAGAAUUCUGUAUUUUUGGGUCCCUUAGCCUAAUAUAGGGAAAGUACAGUUUGCUAGAUUUGCAACAGUUCUGCAUUAAUGUAAUAUUUCAGCAACCUGCCAACUUCAAAUAUUUUCUAUUAGGUGGGCAUAUUUAUUCCUCUUUCUCUCAAAUUGAUCCAAAUAUUCAGAAUUAGUAUUCUCAUUUGAGGUGAAGUGGGAAGCUGAGACUUUUAUCUGGAGGUCAAAUUACCACCAAACCAAGAAAUCUUGAAGCCAAAGAUGAUAUAAGAAUGACCACUAAUAACCUGUGCUCACUUGAUGUAAACAGAGAUGUAAAUGUGCUUUAUGAAUAACAAUAAAACACUAUUUACAUGGAACUCGAUAUGCAGAAUCUUUUGAAGAUGUUUUGGGAAUUACAAUCAUGCAUUAGUUGGAUAUUGUUAAAUAUUCUUAUUGCUGGUUGUUUCUGAAAUGCCAAUAACUGUGCAAGAAAAUAAAGGAGUUCGCUUUAUCAGAGAAUCUGAGUCAGGUUCUUCAACUGGCAUAAAACCAAUGGAAAGGUUGGUGGCUUUGAAAUCAAAUGUCAACAGUUUUUUGGAGACCUGGUGUCUUCAAACCUCUGUCUACAUUGGAUUUGGAUUUUCAAGCUGAGUCCUUCACCCAUUACUUUUUUAUUUUGAAAGACACUUUAAACUUUUAGGACCUAGGAGGAUGGAUGGGCUGUCGAUUUCUGGUUUUCUGGUUAUAAGGUGUAGAAGAUUGCGAUCUCACAUUAUAUUGAUCCUAACAGAGCUGACAAUGGGAAUUGUUCUCUCUGGUAUCAAAGCAUCAGUGGGUUCUGAUCUUCUACUCCCAAACCCUCAGGAUGAUGGUGUUGAGCAAGGUCCAGCUAAGUGAUUAUGAAAUCCAGCAGCUGGGAUGCAAAAAGUGUCAUUAUAUGGGACUGAGCAACCAACAAUAGCUGAGCCAAGAAUUUCUACUAGCUGCCUUUGCAGAAAUAUAUCCAUUGACUGCACAAGAUGUAUUCUGGUUUCCUAAAGGGAUCUUCCCCAUCCCUUUUCCUAGUUUUAUUGCCCCCACCAGUGCAGCCAAUAAUCCUUCAAUGUUUUUCUUCCUUUUGCUGAAAGUGAAGUCUAAAAUUCCAUGAAAAAUAAAAAGUCAGAAGUAAUCAGCAAGGAUUUCCCUCAGUGGUAGCACAUCCAUAGAGCCAUAGUUGUACACCACAGGAACAGGUCCUUCAGCCCACCAUGUCCAUGCUGCCCUCUAUAUCUAUCUAUACCAAUUCCAUUUACCAACAUUAGGUCCAUAGCCUUCUAUGCCUUGGUAAUUUGAGUACUUGUUUAAAUGUUUCUUAAAUUUUGUGAAAGUAUCUGUCUGAACCACCUCCAGGUAGUACAUUCUAGACUCCAACCACCACCUAUGUUUUUUUAAGAAAAAUCCUCAACUGCCCCCCCCCCCCCCCCCAAUCCCCUCUGAACCUCUUACCUCUCACCUUAAACCUCUGCCUUUUUGUCUUAGAUACCUGCACUGUUCUUUCUGAUACUAUCUCAGUUUUAAGCCUUGGUCUACAUAAGCAGACAGCAAUGAAGGUGGCCUCCUUUUAUUUGACCACCUGAAGAGCCAAAACAUACAAGCCAUGAAUCAAAAGCUAGGAAGUGGGAACAGUGUAAAUAAGCUAUUUCUGGCCAGUAAGGGACAAUGACCUCUUUUGCUGUGAAUUUCUGAUCCUUGUUCUUAAACUAAAAAGAAGAAAACAUUAUGGAGGAUUAUACUAUGUUCAGUAGGGAUAGUAGAGCCAGAAAUAUCACUCUAAACCAGCACCUAUUCGUUCACUAAAUAUACCUUCAAAGGCAAGAUGAUCACUGUCAUACCUCCCCGCAACACUCCUUGUGUGUGGAGCUUGUGUAAUGCACUCUGGAGUGCAAUCAAUAGUAGCAUCCCAUUGGGGAUUGAUAAGUUCCUUGACCUUUGCACAAGUGAUAUUGCUGAAGAAUAACAUUUUGCUUUGCAUUGAAAUAUAAUCCAAGUGCAGGCGAUCUUUGGUUGAAACACAAGAUAAUCUGUCAUAGUCACUCACUUUCGGCUGUGCACCUACUGUGUAAAGCCAUGGUCAACCUAUUUCCAGGAAAAGGUUUUGUUUAGUUCAUUAACCAAGAGCAAUGGGGGAAUUAGAACCACAGGUCAGAUCUGCCACAUUGUUAUGUCCCCUAACCAGGGACUGGUACAUGCAACUAUGGCAAGACCCUCAAGAUGCUGGCUCAACUCUUCCCUUUCUUGGUGCAUUGAUGCAGGCAUUAUGUAAUGGCAAACGUAUGCAGACUCUCCCAUCUAAUGGAAAAAGUUCACAGGCUUAGUUGUUUGUAUCCCUGUUUUAUUCUUGCGGGAACCUAGAGAUGUGACAGCAUAGCUGGUUGUGCUGCAUCAAGAACAUAUUUGGACGCGCACUGCUCUAUCCAUUCCAUGUGGUGUAGAGUGCCAUUGGUCUUAUGCUGAAAGAAAGAGGCCCACUAACCUAAUCUGGGAUGUUGCUUUUGCUUUCUUCUUUAUGUUUUAAUUCAAUAUUGCAUUGUUUUGACACUGUAUAUUUUGUAUUUUGCUGUUUAGCUGCUUGCUAAAUGUGUGUGUGUUGAUAAUGUGACUGGGGUACAUGUCCAAGGUUAAAUGGCAUGCCAGUUCAGUGGCUUUUAUACAAAUCUGUUAUCUUUCCCUCCACAUAUAUAC